AUGUCGUCCGCCACCGCACCACCUCUUGACCGUCGCCUCCGCCUCCCUUCUCUCCCGCCCGUGACGCAAGCCCGGGCGCGGGAGCAGCUCCAGAGCUUGCUUGCUGCGUAUCUCCGAUAUCGGCCUCUGGUCCAGCGAGGCCUGACGGGCGGCUUUGUGCUGUACUGCAUCGGGACGACAUAUCUCAGUAUGACGGGGAGGGGGGUGAAGGCGGGCAGGGAGAGUAGCGCUUCGACGAAGAAGAGGGGAAAGGGUAAGUCCAAGAAGUAUCGCGGAAGCGUCAACGACCCGCUCUUCUUCGCUCGACUGAAGAAGCUCAUCCGGAUCGUCAUCCCCAGUUUGCGAAGUCGAGAAGCGUCUAUGCUCGCUUUACACUCGGCGUUUCUGCUCGCUCGGACAGCAUUGAGUCUUUAUGUGGCAGAUCUAGACGGGAGAAUCGUAUCAUCACUCGUCACAGCCCAGCCCGCUCUCUUCCUCUCCAACCUCUCACGCUGGCUCGCCAUCGCCAUUCCCGCAACCUACACCAACUCCAUGCUAGAGUACCUCCAAUCCGAGCUGGGUCUGGCUUAUCGGACGCGCCUCACCCGGCACGCGUUGGGGACGUACCUUGAUCCGCCUGCUCAUGGAACAGGCGGCCGGCUCAGCGAGAAGGAUCUUGGAGGGACGGGGGACGAUGGGAAGGGCGAGCAAUUGUUCUACAAGCUGGCUAAUCUGGAUGAUCGGAUCAAGAAUGCGGAUCAGUACCUCACUGUCGACAUACAACAGUUCAGCAAUAAGCUCGCUGAGAUCUACUCAAACAUCGCCAAGCCGGUCUUGGACGUCAUCUUGUACAACUAUCAGCUGUCUCGGAACGUCGGUGCAGAGGGUCUCGUCAUCCUGACAAUUCUUGUCCAGGCGAGCGCGGGACUAUUGAAAGCAGUCACUCCCCCAUUCGGCGCUUACGCAGCACACGAAGCAACACUAGAGGGCGAGCUCCGCUUCACGCACUCUCGACUCCUCGAGUCCGGCGAAGAAGUGGCGCUAUACCAUGGCGAAGAGUUCGAAAAGAAUGUCAUUGAACGCGGAUACUUUGCGCUCGUCAAGCAUGUGAACCGGGUGCUGCGGAUAAGGGUCUGGCAUGGGAUGGCAGAGGAGGGGAUUAUAAAGUGGUUAUGGGGCGCCUUGGGGCUGGGGAUCUGCGCGAUACCUGUGUUCGGCGGGGAGGUUUUGGGUUUGGCAGGGGGUGCGGGGACCUUAGGGACGAGGACGGAGGGUUUCGUCACCAACCGACGGCUGCUGCUUUCUGCAAGCGACGCGUUCGGGCGGGUCAUGUACUCGUACAAGGAGUUGGCGGAGCUCGCUGGUUACACGUCCCGGGUGGCCGAUCUGCUGGAUACGAUGGAUGAUGUCAAGGCGGGGAGGUAUCAGAAGAAGCUGGUCAGCAGCUCCAGUGUGGAGGGGAAUGCCAAGAUGUUGGAAGGCAGAGGGCAGAUCAUCGAGUCUGAUGAGAUCCGGUUCGAUAAUGUCCCGCUCAUCAGCCCGAACGGAGAUGUCCUAGUCAAGUCCAUGAGCUUCAAUGUCCAGCCAGGAAAACACCUCCUCGUAGUCGGUCCCAAUGGAUGCGGUAAAUCCUCCCUCUUCCGGAUCCUAGGCGGUCUUUGGCCAGUGUACGGCGGAACCGUGUACAAACCCCCCGCGCGUGAAUUCACCUAUAUCCCACAACGCCCAUACCUCUGUACCGGCACCCUCCGGGAUCAGCUCAUCUAUCCGCAUGAUGCGGCCAUGAUGCGCGUGCGGGGCGUGAGCGAUGAUGAUCUGAUGCGGAUCCUGGAUGUGCUGGAGAUGGGUCAUAUGGUGGAGAGGGAGGGAGGGUGGGAUGCCGUGCGGGAGUGGAGAGAUGCGUUGAGUGGCGGGGACAAGCAGAGGAUUGCGAUGGCAAGGUUGUUCUAUCAUCGGCCAAAAUAUGCGAUCCUGGACGAAUGCACCAGCGCUGUGACGCUCGAGAUCGAGAAGGUCAUGUACGACCACGCGACUUCCCUUGGCAUCACACUCAUGACUGUCUCCCAUCGGCCUUCUUUAUGGAAAUACCACUCCAUGGUGCUCCAGUACGAUGGUCAGGGCGGCUAUGUAUUUACUGAGCUUGAUGCGGAGAAGCGGCUGGCAUUGCAAGAGGAGAAGCAGGAUUUGGAGCACCGGUUGUUGGAGGUGCCGAAGAUGCGGGCGAGGCUGGAGGAGCUUCGUGCUGUAAAGGCGGAAAGGGAGCGGCAGCGCAGUGCGUAA